CACCGUGUCCCCCGGUGUCCCCGCAGGUGGAGCUGGCCACGGGGCAGUUCCCGUACCAGAACUGCAAGACGGACUUCGAGGUGCUGACGAAGGUGCUGCAGGAGGACCCCCCGCUGCUGCCCCCCGCCAUGGGCUUCUCCGGGGACUUCCAGGCCUUCGUCAGGGACUGCCUCACCAAGGACCACAGGAAGAGACCAAAGUACAACAAGUUACUGGAGCACAACUUCAUCAAGCGCUACGAGACGCUGGAGGUGGACGUGGCCUCCUGGUUCAAGGACGUCAUGGCCAGGACAGAGUCCCCGCGCACCGCCGGUGGCCUCAGCCAGCACCACCUCCCCUUCUUCACCAGGUAGCACCCGGGGGACCCCCCCGUGGCGCCCCCCCCGUGGCGCCCACCCCCCCCUCCCCCGGACGGCCCCCGGGGC